UCACUAAACAAUAAUUGACCUUCGACCUAAACAUGACCUUCAAUCUUUACCAUGUGAACGUUUUCGUCGUGUCCUCAAAAGGAUCAGAAGAAAAAAACUCAAAAACUGUGCUACAAGCAUGUUACGAUCUAUUCUAAGGGGUCGCUUUGGUUCAGCAAUAUUUCCAAGAUGGUUAAGUUCACAAACGGAAGGCGAACAGAAAAUUGUUAAUGUCUUGAAAUCAAAGUUUCCAGAAGCUACCAAAAUAGAGGUCGAGGAUAUUUCAGGAGGAUGUGGGGCUAUGUACCAGGUGCACGUAGAAUCAGAAAUUUUUACAAAUAAGAGAAUGGUAAUGCAACAUCGAUUAGUCAAUGAGGCUCUAUCUGAAGAGGUAAAGGAAAUGCAUGGUUUAAGGAUAUCAACAGCUGUUCCACAAUCCUGAACAUUUUUAUGCAACAAUUUCAGAAUAAUAUCCUGUUGAUAAAAACCCACGUUCAGACCAAGAGGCUAAUGUGGCUACUACAUAUUAAAGAUAAAAAUUUUUAAUAUUUUUCAACGGUGUGUUAAAUUCAAUGUUUACCAUCUCAAAAUGCUGCAGUGACGUACCUCAUCAUGAACGUAAACUUUUGUCUGCUCACGUAAUACAUUAAUGGAUGAUGUUUUUAAACGAAUGCACCUGUUACCAUAGUGAUUUAUUAUUAUUAUUAUUAUUAUUAUAAUUAUUAUUAUUGUUAUUUGAUGAUGUUUUGUAUACCAUACCUUAAGAGGUUUAGGCAAAUGUGGUCAAUGCUGUAAGGCCUUAAAGAUAAUUUUCUAAUGAGUUUGCAAGGUGCUAUAAAUGGUUUACCAUCUCUAACCUCAGCUUUUAUCUUGACAUGUUUCUGCUCACGUAAUACAUUAUUAGAUCAUGUUUUUUACAUCUGUUACCAUGGUGAUUUAUUAUUGUUAUUGAAUGUUUAAUACAAUCCAUUAUGUGUGAUGUAUAAGCAUUGAUAUUGAUAGUACUUAGUUGUACCAAAACGAUAUCAAUCACCUUAAUCCAUCAACCUGUUUCUCAUUUGUUACAGAGGGUAUAAAACCUAAUCGUGAUAUAAGGAUGCGAAUAAAUAAUAAUGAUGAUUUUUAUGAAUAUAUAAUAUGUAGAUUAUGUCAAUAAAAAUGUGGUUUCAUAAUUCA